GCUGUCAGAUUUUUUCUCUGAGUGGAAAUAGAGAGCUGGCGGGGUCAGGAGUGGUCAGGUAGCCCAGACUUCUGCCUGUAGCCAAGGACAUAAAUAGAUGGUGCAAGCAGAAAGUUGAAGUUAAAAACAUCAUCUAGAAAUGAUCUCUCUUCAAAUCCUUUAGCUCAGUGUGUGUAUGUGACUAUUGUGUAGAGACCGCAGUGCUGGAAGGCGUCCUGGAGGCUACAGAAACAUGCCAGGAAGUUCCAGCUUCCCAAGGGUCUUCCUUAAAGUGUAAGUAUGGUUAAAUUGCUCUUUAUUAGCCUUUUCUUACUAGAUGAGGUAGUUUUAAAACCCAUCGAGUACUCAUUGUCUCCUAAAGAAUGAGAUGUUUCAUGAAGUGUAUUUAAGUCUUUGACUUUAAUCACUGUCACAUAUGCAUGUCUACUUGUGAAUCUUUUAUGUGACUGAGAAUCCGUCACUGACAUCAGAGCUGUUUCUUAGCAACCUUGACUCAGUGAACAGUGACUCCCUCUGUUCUGUAGGGUGAAGAGAGUAGGCAGACAGACGGAGGGGAGAGAGAUGCGUAUCCCCUCCCCUAGAAGGUACCUCCGGUACCUUGGGGAAGGAAGAGCCCAGACGGGGACGGGGGAGAGGAGCUGCAUUUCGUAUUACCUCCUUGCUGAUAACAUUCGAAGUCUUCAGGGACAUCUUGGUCCUUGUGUUCAUGAAUUUUCUAUUUAAAAUUCCUUACACAUGACCAGUGUUUUACACUUUACAAAGUGUUCUCAUGUGCAGUUUAUCAUUUGAUUCUCAAAGUGACCUUCCUGAAAUUGGCAAGGAGGUCUUCAUUUACAAAGGAGGAGAUGGACAUUCAGGAAGGAUAAGUCACUUGCCUCACAAUAUUUUAUAGAAGGUUUAGGAGCAUUUAAGGUCUGUAAUAAUUCAGGUUAAUCCUCUUUUUUGGCACUUGGUAUUUGAUUUCUUAUUUGGUCAGAUUUAACUGAGCUUUUGUAACCUUUUAGAUCCCACAAUUUGGAGGGGAGGAGAAAGGGUGGGAAGAACCUAUAGCUUCACUAGGCAUUUGAGCUCAUUUGGAAAUUCACGUCAGCUUCAGAAGCCUUGUCAUCUUUGUCUUCCCAAGAGGUGGACUUAAAUUCAUUAAAAGGAUGUGAAAAGAAUGAAGACUGGGAAGGUGGUUACCAGCAGAGGCAGUGACGCAGCAACAGAGUGACUCUUUUCCCUGCUGGGGCCUCACCUGUCAGUAAGGACUGGACUUCUGUGUGGGCUGCAGUGUUUCAUCUACAACCUGUGCAUGCCAUCUGGUAGCUUGGGAGGAACUCCUGCCUUGAAGUUCAGUUACACCCUCGUGGAGGAUUCAACCGGAAUACACCGGGGUGCUGGCUAACGGUGGUGCAACGCCCACUGGCAUAUGAAGGCUUUGGCCGUGGAUUUCCUCCUUGGCAGCCUGGUAUUGGCUGCCUGUCUGCCUUUGGUGGUGACUUCACCUAACAUCCUGGCCAUCCCAGAGAAGCUACAACAGGCUGUGGGGAAAGUUGUGGUCAGUGCCACACCCUGCACUGUCACCUGCGGCCUUGGCUAUAAGCAGGAGACGGUCUGCGAGGUGGGCCCUGAUGGAGUGAGGAGGAAAUGUAAAUCUCAGCGCUUGGAAUGUCUGACCAACUGGGUCUGUGGGAUGCUCCAUUUCACCAUUCUCGUGGGGGAGGAAUUGGAGCUGAGCUGUUUGAGUGCAGACACCCUGGAGGUCGGGCAGGAAGCUUUCUGGUUCACCUGGCGACUUGCUCGGGGCAUCAUCUCAACUGACGAUGAGGUCUUCAAGCCCUUCAGUGCCAGGUCCCACUUUGUGAAGUUUCGAUCUGCUCAGGAAUAUGACUCUGGGACCUACCGGUGUGAUGUGCUGCUGUUAAAGAACUUGAGGCUUGUCAAGAGGCUCUAUUUUGGGCUGAGGGUCCUUCCUCCUAACUUAGUGAGCCUGAAUUUCCAUCAGUCCCUUACUGAGGAUCAGAAGCUAGUAGAUAAGGGCCUGGAAGUAAGUCUGGGCAACUAUUCCAGGCCUCACCACCCACCAUGGAGAAAGAAGGUGCCUCUGGCCUUGGGAAUAGGAAUUGCCUGCGGCGUAGCUGGUGGUGUGCUGGUGAGCAUUGUCCUGUGCAGUGGGCUGAUGGCGAGCUGCGGUGGUGCCCGCCUGAAGGCCUUGCAGGCCUUGUUCCUGAAGUGCUGGCCGCCUGGGGGUCUGGACUGGCUGCUCAGGAAGCUGAGCUGGCUGCCCAAGAUGCCAAGCUAGCUUUUGAGGGCAGAGUUCUGGCUGCCUGACUGUGGAUCAGUCAAGAGGAAGGGCUGCUGCUGCCAAAAGAACGAGUGGGGGAUGUAGAGCGAGGCGGCAGCGUGGCAGCUGUGAGCAGUAGUCCGUACCUUCUGUGUGUCCUAGACGGACCUCUUCCUCAUCUUCCCUGCCCUCUAGGUACCCAGGGAGCCUGACUGUGGGCACCUCCCUGCUCCUGCCCAUGAGAAGAGUUCUGUCUUCCAAGCUCGCGUUCAUUUUCAGCUUGUGUGCCUCCCUCUCCACCUCCGUCUCUCGUCUCCUGAGCAGUAUAAUCACGUGAGAGGAUAUAUUAAUAGCUUUUCUGGUGAAGACAUUUUUUUCCUCUUCAAUAAAAAUA